UACCUAACGAAAUUUACUCAAAGCGUUGCUUCACGGGCACAGUCUGUGGCCCACAGAGACGGCGGUGCUUAUCAAAUAUAGACACACGGAUACACGCACAAGUCAUCGCUUCUCACAUACUCAAGCUAACUUCGUGCCAGAAAGCCAGACUCGCUGUAACAAGUGGAAGGGGAAGGAUAGCAGCUCAUAAGCGCGAUCACCGACAAAACGUGGCUCGCAAACCCAGUGAACACGCAGUAUAACGCUUGAAAAAACACUGCGUUUAUUUGCUCGCACUUUGUCGUGAAUUUCGUUAAAUUUGCAAGGUAAAAAGAAGUUUUCAAGAAGAUGAUGGACAAAGCCCCAGAACCGCGGGAGAUCGUUUUGCGAGAUUUGGAGUCGCUGUUGCGCAAAAAGCUCAGCGACGAGCUCAAGCUUGUGAGUUUUACUUCCGAGUCUCUGUUGCCGUCUGGCGAAAAUUACGGCAGCAGCAUUUUCAAAGUCCGCGCCACCGUCAAGAUAAGUGUCAGAGAUGAGGCGAAGGAGGAAGUGCUGGAACUCGUGGCGAAGAUGCUGCCGCCAACCGAUUUCCAGAGAAUGAUCUUCGACAGCCCGUACACGUUCAGGAAGGAGGCCUUUCUGUACGAGGAGCUGAUACCGUCUUAUCAACGAUUGGAGCGAGAAUUCGGAAUAAAGAGCGACGAGGUUUUUGAUAUCGUGCCGCCAUUUUAUGGGGCGAGGUAUUCGCUGAAGAGCGAGGAAGACUUUGACGAGGAUGCUGUUAUACUUAUGCAGAACCUGAAGGUUCUGGGUUAUUAUACGGGAGAAAGGCGGGAAGGUCUGGACUUCGAACACGCAAAAACAGCCAUAACAUCACUAGCCAGGUUCCAUGCGCUGGGUAUGGCGAUGAAGUGUCACAAGCCAGAGUAUUUCGAGGUCCUCAAGUUCCGUUCGAAGUGCCUGGCGUAUCCGUCAGACACCAGUGGCUUCGAAGACAUAACCAACACGAUCCAGCGGUUGAUAUCCGAAGAUCCCGAAUUGUCAGUCUUCUCGGGCGCAACCAAAGGGGCGAUGUCACAGAAGUCCGCUAUGGACUGGACGGCCCUACCAACCGAACCUUGGAGUACCAUAAUCCACUCGGAUUUCUGGGUCAACAAUAUCAUGUUCCACAAGGACCCUAAGUCCAACCGAGUCGACGACGUGAAGUUCGUGGACUUUCAGAACUACCUCUUCCUCAGUCCUUUACGAGAGCUGACCUUCUUCCUCAUAGCCAGCACGAAUGCCGAUGUCAUGAAGAAUCAGUUCGAUGAGCUUCUGGACAUCUACUACGAGAAGUUCAUCGAGGUGCUCAAGAGGAUCAAGUGCGACACGGAACCAUUCGCCAGGGACAAAUUCGACGAGAGAAUGAAGAUCGACGCCUACGAAGAGUUCCCGCAUUGUCCGUUCAUGCUGAAGAUGAUGUGCGCAGAUAUCAAGGCAGACGAGAAAUUCGACAGCGUCGAGAAGUUUAAGGACGCAGGUUCGGGGAACGAAAGGUUUAUGUCUAGGCUGCGCAGAAGUGUCAAAAAAUUCAAUGAAAAGGGCUGGUUAGUUAAGCCAAAGCACCAUGAUUCUUGAUGAAGAUGUUGAAUAUUGCAAUGUUAAAAUUGUAAAUUGUUUUGAUGUAUUCUGUGUUACAGUGUUUUGUUAUGUUUUUACCCAGCGUAUGUACGAAGCAAUGAACGAUAUUAUUUUUUAAUAAACUACCUUUUUUAUAAAAUAUA